CGUGACGUCCCUGACAUGGACAGGGAGAGACGCUACAGCCACCGAAGACACCAUCAACACGACCAGUACCAAGACAUAGACAUCGAGGAGGGACUCAUGGAUUCAAACGAGCAGAGUCUCCAAGACAUUAACCGCACAAUGUCUCCGGCUGCAGAGCGGCUACGUUACAUCCUGAGUGAAGAUGAUGACAUGCCCACGCCGACGCUCUUCACUGAGAUGGACACUCUACAGAGAGAAGGAGAUGAGCUGGAGUGGAAGGAGUCUGCCAGGUGGGUGAAGUUCGAAGAGAAGGUGGAGGAAGGAGGGGAGAGGUGGAGUAAACCCCAUGUGUCCACGCUGUCCCUGCACAGUCUUUUUGAGCUCAGGACAUGUCUACAGACAGGAACAGUGCUCCUGGACCUGGAAGGAUACUCACUGCCUCAAAUAGUCGAUGACAUCAUUGAGAGACAGAUAGAGGAGGGCAUGAUAUCCCCUGAUCUGAGAGAGAAGAUCAGUUUUGUCCUGCUGAGGAAACAUCGACACCAGACCAAGAAGCCAAUCCACCGCUCACUUGCCGAUAUUGGCAAGUCCAGCUCCUCGACCAGUGAGUGUCCAGGGCCAGUUCCGGGGCCAAUAGCCAACUUUAACCGAUCCACAGAAGACCUCAGAAUGAAACAGCAGUCUGCCAACUAUGGCCGCCUGCGUCACGCUCAGAGUAGGAGCAUGAACGAUAUUGCAGAUACUCCCAGCACAGACCAGCUAAAGAACAAAUUCAUGAAGAAGAUCCCUAGAGAUGCAGAGGCAUCCAAUGUCUUGGUGGGCGAAGUGGAUUUCCUCAACAAACCCUUUGUGGCCUUUGUCCGCCUGGCCCAAGCCACGACACUAGGAGGUCUGACUGAGGUCCCUGUACCCACCAGAUUCCUGUUUAUUCUGCUGGGACCUCAAGGAAAGGCCAAGUCAUAUAAUGAGAUUGGCCGAGCUAUAGCAACCCUAAUGGUGGAUGAUCUCUUCAGUGAUGUAGCCUACAAGGCCAGAGACCGGGAGGACCUCAUCGCAGGCAUUGAUGAGUUUUUGGAUGAAGUAAUUGUGCUUCCACCUGGAGAAUGGGAUCCCAAAAUCCGCAUUGAGCCGCCAAAGAAAGUCCCCUCAGCUGACAAAAGGAAGUCAGUAUUCUCCUUGAAUGAACUGGGACAGAUGAACGGUACAGCUGGGGGAGGAGGAGGCCUGGCUGAGGAUGAGGAGAUGCCAGUGCAACAUGAGCUCGGAGAGGAGCUGGCAUUCACUGGACGCUUCUGUGGGGGGCUGUACCUGGACAUAAAGCGGAAAUUGCCAUGGUUGCCUAGUGAUUUCUACGAAGGUUUUCACAUACAGUCCAUCUCUGCUGUGCUCUUCAUUUACUUGGGCUGCAUCACCAACGCCAUUACCUUUGGCGGCCUGCUAGGAGAUGCCACCGACAACUACCAGGGUGUGAUGGAGAGUUUCCUGGGUACAGCUCUGGCUGGCACUGUCUUCUGUCUUUUCAGCGGUCAGCCACUCAUCAUCCUCAGCUCCACUGGACCCAUCCUCAUCUUUGAAAAGCUCCUGUUUGAAUUCAGCAAGAAUAAUGACAUAGAUUACAUGGAGCUGCGUCUGUGGAUUGGCAUCCACUCCUGUCUGCAGUGUUUUAUCCUGGUAGCCACUGACGCCAGUUACAUCAUCAAGUAUAUGACGCGUUUCACUGAGGAGGGCUUCUCCAGCCUAAUCUCCUUCAUCUUCAUCUCUGAUGCCAUCAAGAAGAUGGUGGGCUCCUUCAAAUACUACCCCAUCAACACUGACUUCAAGCCCGACUACGUCACCACCUACAAGUGCGAGUGCCUGGCCCCAGACCCGAUUCCAAUGCCAGAUAACAGCUCUAGUGUCUCUGGGUUGAAUGUGACAGCUCUGGACUGGAGCCAGCUGAGCAAGAAGGAGUGUCUGAAGUAUGGAGGUUCCCUGGUUGGAAAGUCCUGCAAGUUCGUCCCUGAUCUGGCCCUCAUGUCCUUCAUCCUUUUCUUUGGCACCUACUCCAUGACCGUCUCUCUCAAGAAGUUCAAGUUCAGCCGCUACUUCCCCACCAAGCUGAGGAAACUCAUCAGUGACUUCUCUAUCUUCAUGUCCAUAAUGACGUUCGUGGGGCUUGAUAUGUUGAUGGGACUCAAAACUCCCAAGCUAAUUGUCCCAACAGAAUUUAAGCCAACUCGACCUGACCGUGGCUGGCUGGUGAUGCCAUUUGGAAAGAACCCAUGGUGGGUAUAUGUGGCCAGCUUUGUCCCUGCCCUCCUUGUCACCAUCCUCAUCUUCAUGGACCAGCAGAUCAGCGCUGUCAUUGUGAACCGCAAGGAGAACAAACUUAAGAAAGGCUGUGGCUAUCACCUGGAUCUAUUCUGGGUUGGUGUCCUGAUGGCUGCCUGCUCCUUCAUCGGCCUGCCCUGGUACGUUGCUGCCACCGUCAUCUCCAUCGCCCACAUCGACUCUCUGAAGAUGGAGAGCGAGUCAAGUGCUCCUGGAGAGCAGCCUCAGUUCCUUGGGGUCAGAGAACAAAGAGUGACAGGCAUUUUGGUGUUUGUUCUCACCGGAGUCUCCAUCUUCCUCGCUCCAAUACUUAAGUUCAUCCCCAUGCCUGUGCUGUACGGUGUCUUCCUCUACAUGGGCGUAGCCUCGCUCAGUGGAAUCCAGUUCUGGGACAGGAUUAAGUUGUACAUGAUGCCAUCCAAGCACCAGCCAGACUUUUCUUUCCUCCGUCAUGUUCCUCUGAGGAGAGUACACCUGUUCACACUGGUCCAGAUCAUCUGUCUGGCUGUGCUCUGGAUCCUCAAAUCAACGUUCUUGGCCAUCAUCUUCCCUGUUAUGAUCCUGGGUCUGAUGGUUGUCCGGAAGAUGCUGGACAUGGUCUUUUCCCAGCAUGACCUGGCCUGGCUGGACGACCUCCUGCCUGAGAAAGAGAAGAAGAAGAAGGAUGACGAUAAGAAGAAGGGUAAGGAGAAGGAGAAGAAGAAGCCCAAACCACACGACAGUGAGGAGGAGGACAAGUACCACCCCUACUCCAACCACUCACCCAGCUCAGAGUCAGACUUGGAUCGCAGCAUCACCCUCCACCUGAAGAUCUCCUGCCCGUCAUCUCCGGCCAUGCCCAUGGGCCGAGGAAUGGCCUGUCCCGUGCCCCAGGUCAAGAUUGAGAUGGAGUCGGACUAUGACUCGGACAUCGACCACCACCGGCCCCGGGACAUGAGCAGUGAGACCACAUUAUAA